AUGAACUCUGGAAAGAUGCAAGACUUCUUGAAGGGAAAGACUAUUUUAGUGACCGGCGCUACUGGUUUCUUGGCAAAAGUGUUUAUUGAAAAGAUAUUAAGGAUCCAACCAGAGAUACAAAAACUGUAUCUACUCCUAAGAGCUUCAAACACUGAUUUGGCUGCACAUCGCUUGCAAAAUGAGGUUUUUGAAAUUGAUUUAUUUCGGAUACUACGAGGCGAGUUGGGUGAAGAUUUUAAUUCUUUUAUAUCAAAGAAGGUUGUAGCAAUUGCAGGAAAUGUUGCUAUUGAAAACUUUGGAAUAGAAGAUGAAAAGAUAUUUGAAGAGAUAGACGUACUUAUUCAUUCUGCUGCAUCUACCAAAUUUGAUGAAAGAUUUGAUAUAUCGAUGGGUGUUAAUACAAAAGGAGCUUUACAUGCAUUGGACUUUGCAAAGAAUUGUAAAAAACUAAAGGCUUUUGUGCACAUAUCCACUGCAUAUGUGUGCGGAGACGGUAAUUAUGAAGAUGGAUUUGUAAGAGAAAAAGCAUUUGAGAUGGGUGAAUCUCUAAAAGGGAUCUCAAAAUUAGACAUACACAAUGAAAUGAAUUUGUUGGACAAAAAAAUAGCUGAACUCCAAGCGAUGAAUGCAGAUUCAAAUACAAUGAAAUUUGCAUUGAAAGAUUAUGGAAUGGAAAGAGCAAAUUUGCACGGAUGGCCAAAUACAUAUGUAUUCACAAAAGCAAUGGGAGAAAUGCUUUUAAUGCAUCAUAAAGAAAAUGUAUCAUUGAUCAUUAUUCGUCCUACCGUUGUAACUGGUACAAUCAAGGAUCCCUUUCCUGGUUGGAUUGAAGGUUUAAGAACUAUUGACAGUGUGAUAUAUAAAAUUGGUCAAGGGAAACUGAAAUAUUUUCCUGGUGAUCCCAAGACGAUUAUAGAUGCA